AUGCAUCAGCAGUCGUUGCCUACGAGUGCACAUUUCGUAUGCAAGAUGCACUAUGCCUACUGCAUUUUCUAUUCACGGUGCACGCUGACUACACGGAGAUCAUUACAAAUACGCAUUCGUGAUGCUGCUUUGCCAAGAAAGAUACGCUAGUACAUCCACUCCAAGGAGAAACCGUUCAAGUGCGGCGACUGCGGCAAGGGCUUCUGCCAGUCGCGGACGCUAGCCGUGCACCGGAUCCUGCACAUGGGACGAGUCCCGCACAAGUUGGCCGGGGUGUGCGGCGCGGCUCCUUCAACCAGCGCUCCACCUCAAGACGCACCUGCUCACGCACAAGUAGAACGCGACCACAAAGCGUAG